UAUCUCAUCUCUUUCAAUCUGACAUGCAAAAAUUUUUCCAGUAAGAAAGAAGUUUUUAAAUUUUGGGUCAAUUACCUAUUUGGUCAAUUUCUGUGUAUUCUUUUCGGAUUUGCAGCACYGCUGAAAGCCGCUAAUGGGUAUUACAGUUCUCAUCCUCUUGCAUUGAGCGGAACGGUGGAAGUAGGGUUUCUGCGGAAAUUGUCGGAGCAUCUCAAUUUUCUUCUUUUCAGAUUGGCUUGUUUACGAUUUCAUUUCUUAGAAUUUGGGACUCAAUUUCUGUACAUUGCAUAGAACCCCAUCAUGUUCACGCCUCAGAGGAAGGGGUGGCCUGCCGUAUCCCUCACGCCUCGAAGCGAAGCAAAGUUUGCGGUUUCUAACUCCAUACUCGUGGGGAAGGGGAAGGGGAAGGGGUAUAAGGAUGUGGCUUUAACAGACGCCCCACCACCGUCGUUGGGGUCUCUGACCGACGGAUUGCAUACAACCGCGGCGGCUGUGGAUACUGAGGACAUGGAUGAUUGGAGGAAGUUUAAGAAGGCGGGGUUGUUGGACGCGGCCGCAAUGGAGCGCAAGGAUCGGGAGGCUCUUCUUGAGAAGGCCUCAAGGCUUCAAACCGAGCUUUUUGAUUACCAGCACAAUUUGGGACUUCUUUUGAUGGAGAAGAAAGAGUGGGCUUCAAAGUAUGAUGAACUAGGGCAAGAGCUAGCUGAAACUGAGGAGAUCCUCAAACGUGAACAAUCAGCACAUGUAAUUGCAUUAUCUGAAGUGGAAACGAGGAGUGAUAAUUUGAAAAAAGCUCUAGCUGCUGAGAAGCAAUAUGUGUCUAGUCUUAAAAAGGCUUUCUAUGAAGUAAAUGAGGAACGUGCAGAAAUCAAACUUACAUCUGAGAAGAAGUUGGCCGAUGCAAAUGCUUUGAUGCAUGGAAUUGAGGAGAAAUCUUUGGAGUUGCAGAAAAAGUUGAAUGCUGCUGAAGCCAAGCUUGCUGAGGUAAAUAGGAAGAGUUCAGAGUUGGAUAUGAGGAUGCAUGAAGUUGAAGCUCGUGAAACUGUGCUUCAGACUGAGCAAAUAUCCUUAGUCACAGGGAAAGAAGCACAUCAGGCUACUUCCCAUAAAGAAAGAGAAAGCUUACGUAAGUGGCAACAGAAGUUGCAGGAAUGGGAAGAAAGAUUGAGAAAGAGUCGUGAGUUUCUUAAUGAUAAAGAGCAGAAGGUAAGUGAAAAUGGCACAAUUAUGAAGCAGAAAGAGAAGGAUCUUGAAGAGAUGAAGAAGAAGAUUGAUCUGUCAAGUUCUGUUUUGAAAGCGAGGGAAGAUGGUGUAAAUAGACAAUUGGCAGAUGUAGAAUCAAAAGAGAAGGAAGCUGGUUUUACGAGAAGUCUCUUAGAGAAAAAGCAAGAAGAAUUACAUCAGAUGGAAGAAAACCUUCGUGGGAGAGAAAUGAUGGAGAUUCAGCAGCUGCUUGACGAGCAAAGAGUUAUCCUACAGAAGAAGAGAGAAGAGUUUGAGUUAGAUUUGGAAGAAAAAAUGCAGUCUGUGGAUACUGAAGCCAGUACAAAGGUAGACACAAUCAAACGGAAGGAUAUUGAAAUUAAUCAUGAGAAAGAAAAGUUGGUGAAGCAAGAACAAGCGUUGGAUAAAAAGAUGCUUAGAGCAAAGGAGAAAGAGGGUGAUCUUGAACAAAAGUUAAAGACACUGAAGGCAAAAGAUAAGAUUUUGAAAGCUGAUGAGAAAAAGGUGGAGGUGGAAAGGUUGAAAACGCUAGCUGGUAGAGAGACCUUACAGUCUCUAAUUAAUGAUAUUGAGGAAAUAAGGACUGAAAAUACUCGGAAGCAGCCGCAAAUUCACGAGGAGAGGGAGAAAUUGCAGGUGCUGAAAGAAGAUAGAUCAGAGCACAUUCGUUUACAGUGUCAAUUGAUGCAGGAAAUUGAGAGUUACAGACUGCAGAACAAAAUAGUUAUGAAAGAACAUGAUGAUCUAAAGCAGGAAAGGGUAAAAUUUGAGAGAGAUCGGGAAGUCUUAGAUGAGAAAAGAGCAGAAACACAUAAUGAACUAAGAAAUCUUGUGGAGGAGAGGAAGAAAUUUGAGAUCUUGCAACGGACAGAGGAGGAAAGGCUGAGGAAAGAGAAAACUGAGAUGCUAAUUUAUAUGCAGAGAGAGUUGGAGAAUGUCAAUCAAGAAAAAGAAUUUUUUGCCUCAACUACGAGUCAUGAGCAACGGGCCUUAUCUGAGCAUGCCCAAAAUAAGCAUAACCAACUACUUCAAGAUAUAGAAUUGCAGAGAAAGGAUCUUGAGAAUCACCUGCAGAAGAUCCAGGAGGAACUAGAAAUAAAACGGCAGGAAAGGGAGCUGGCAUUUGAAGAAGAGAGAGAGAGAGAGCGCAACAAAAUUUUUUGCUUGAGAGACAUUGCUCAGAAGGAAACGGAAGAGUUAUCAUCUGAGAGGCAUCAAUUGGAAAAGGAAAAGGAAGUUGUUUCCUUGAAUAGGAAGCAAUUGGUAGCGGACCAUCUUGAAAUUCAUCAAGACAUUGAUAAGCUCAACAUGCUAAGUAAGGAGCUUAAAAUUCACAGAGAAAAGCUUAUUCUGGAUAGGGUUUCCUUUUUGGCUGUUGUUGAUAAGCAUAAGAAUUGCGGGAAAUGUGGUGUUUCCAUUGAGGAAAUUAUAGUUCCUGACCUCCAAAUACCUGAAGAAUUCAGAGACUCUGACGCUAUAGCAAAGCUAGAUGUCGAAUCUCUAAAAACUUUACAAACAGAAUUAGUUGCUACCGAGUUUGGUUCUUUAGACUCUGGAGGUUGCAUGUCUUGGCUUAGUAGGUGCAGCCGAAAGAUUUUAGACCUAUCUCCUAUUAAGAAAAUUGGACAUGUUGUUCCUCCUGUUUCCAUGAAGUUGGCUGCACAUGUCAAUACUGAUUUACAAGACGAGAAGCCUAGUGGUUAUGUUGGCGAUCUGAAAAGGUCUGACAUUGCUAGUGAACCACAACAAUCUCUCUGUAAUGAGAAUGAACCAUCUGAUGCUCAAAUAUUUUCAUUCAGUGAUAACAUCAGAGUGGCAGAGGAURGACAUGCACGCAUAUUUGAUGAUUUUAGCAACUUGGACAGCAAGCUUGAAGGAUUUUCAGAAGGUUCCAAACAAACUGACCCAAAGAGAGAUAGGCAGAAACGUGAGAGAAAACAGAAAUCCGGAUUGCCUAGAACAUGCUCUGUGAAGGCGACGGUUCAAGAUGCAAAAUUAUUUCUUGGGGAAACAGCGGGACAAUCAGAUCUUGAUGUGCUUGUACAGAAAAGUGAUUCAAAUUCUUUAAAUAAAGGAGCUGGCAAUGUUAGGAAGCGACAAUUGGCAGAAUCUUCCAGAGUGGAUUCUAGAAGUGAGCAGGAUGGAGAUGAUAGCGAAGGAUGUGCUGAUAGUAUCACAACAGGCCGGCAGCGUAAAAGGCGGCAAAAGAUUGCCCCUGUGCAGGUACAAGGAGAUAAGCGAUAUAAUCUGAGGCGACACAAGAUUGCAGGUGAAGCUAGUGCAACUCCUGUUUCAGCAAACCUGACGACAGUGGUGGAGAAAGAAAACGAGGGAACCUCUAACGAUAAAGUGGAACCAAGUGGGGAGGUUUUGAUGAGAAGUGUUGAUGGUGGGAAUGGAAAAAAAACUGACUCGGUGCAGCUUACAACAGUCAGAACUAUGGAUAGUUCCAAGGAUAGAGUAGUUCAGGUUGAAUCGCUGAGAACUGCUGUAGAUAAUGAUUCUGCGGAGAAAUCGGUUACAGUCGAUGAAGUGAAUGGUUUAUCGGAAUAUGAAAAUGAAGAUGGAAGCAAAAUUGAUGAUGAAGAAGAUGAGUACGACGAAGUGCAACCUGAUGAAGUAUCGAUCAGAAAGAAAAUCUGGACCUUUUUGACAACUUAGUGAAACCAAUUUUUUUCAUUUCACUCCAUUGUGAAUUACCACUGACAAAAGGAUUUGGAGAAGAUGAUGCUUUAGCCCCUUAGACUUGUUAAUAUUAUCAUUGGCAGAACUCUUUUUAGCAUUCAACUUAGACAUUCAUUAGAGUUUCUUCAACAAUGUGAUAUCUUACCCAGAUAAAUCUUACAAAUUAGAUGAUUUUCCGGAUCCAAGGAUCAAGAUAAUGGGUUAAUAUUUUUUUUCAUUUAAUAGGAUGAAUGAUUAUGUAUAGUUGAUUUAUCUCUAUUGGCAUCUUGUAUACAGUCUCUAUGCUGACUCAGAUUGUGAAACAAAGGGUUAUUUUGGACCUACAUGGAGGU